UUUUAUCCAAAAACUAAUCUGAAGAAAUUAACUGUCUGUGUUUUUUAGAUUAGAGAGUAGAAUAGAGCGGAGCAACCAGAGGGUCCUAAUUUUUAUUUUUACAUUUAUUUAGUCAGUUCCACACAUUUAAUUCCGCAACAUGAAGGUCUAAAUGCUUUUUCAACUUUCCACUCUGCCAAGAAUACAUGUCUGGACACUGGGUUUCCACUUUUGUGGUCCAGAAGUAGUCCAAUUAAAAAUACAGAGUUAAGAAAAUACUGGGUCUAGUCUAUAAAAUACCUACUAUGUGUACAUUUUUAAAUAGUAGAACGUAAACACCUUCCAAAUUCCUAAAAUAAAUCCACAAAUUCACCGUAUCAUCAGUCCCCAGUGGUAGCUACAGCCCUAAUUAUUAUCACUGACCCCUUAAAUUCCUCCUGUGACCCUUCGUGGGGGAACUGACCCACUGGUUGGGAAGCACUGGAGUAGAGCUAUUUAGCAUGUAUGUUGUGUAGGAGAACCCACCUCAACUUCCUUAAUUCAUAUUAUCAGUCACUAAGGUUCUUUCUACACAGCUUCACAGUGAGUGAACAUCAUUGUAAGUAGCUUUAUGCUGCCUCAGUCUUUUCAAAAUAAUGGCCUUUUUGACCCUUGUUUGCCUCAUUGUGGUCCACAACUGGACUCAGCUUCUUUCUGUUUACCACUACAUCACGGUCCACUGGGACGUCGGGUCACAGGCGGUGACUGACACAGCCUACUCAGUCUUGUAGCUGAUGUCAGUCACACAGCCCGACAGACUGGUCUCAGAGCAGCAUCACUGACUCUUCUCUCUCCUCUAGUCUCACUACAUUGUCUCAGAAUGAGAGCUAUAGCCAUGUCUUCCAGCUCAGCGAUGGUGCGGAUCCUGAUAAAGGGUGGCAAGGUGGUGAACGACGACUGCACCCAGGAGGCCGAUGUCUACAUUGAGAACGGCAUCAUCCAGCAGGUGGGGAAGGAGCUGAUGAUCCCAGGUGGGGCCAAAGUGAUUGACGCCUCGGGAAAACUGGUCCUCCCCGGGGGCAUCGACACCAGCGUCCACUUGGAAGAGAGCUUCAUGAACGCCACCACGGUGGAUGACUACUACAGCGGCACCAAGGCGGCUCUGGCUGGCGGUACAACAAUGGUGAUCGGACAUGUUCUGCCAGAGAAGAAUGAGUCUUUGCUGGAAGCUUACGAGAAGUGCCGCAGCUCAGCAGACUCCAAAACCUGCUGUGACUACGCUCUGCACGUGGGAGUUACUUGGUGGGGACCCAAGGUACAUGCUGAGAUGGAGAAGCUGGUGAGAGAGAAAGGAGUGAAUUCCUUUCAGAUGUUCAUGGCCUAUAAGGACAUGUUCAUGCUGAGAGACAGUGAGCUUUUCCAGGCCCUGCAGCACUGUAAGGACAUUGGAGCUGUAGCAAGAGUCCAUGCUGAGAACGGGGAACUGGUGGCAGAGGGUGCAAAGGAAGCGCUGGACCUGGGCAUCAGUGGCCCUGAGGGGAUUGAAAUCAGCAGGCCUGAAGAGUUGGAAGCAGAGGCAACCCACAGGGCAAUUACCAUCGCCAACAGGGCCCACUGCCCGAUCUAUCUUGUGAAUGUGUCCAGUAUGUCUGCUGGAGAUGUAAUGGCUACAGCCAAGAUGCAAGGUAAGGUGGUCCAUGGGGAAACAACCACGGCGCAUACCGUGCUGAAUGGUAUGCAGUACUAUCACCAGGACUGGGCCCAUGCUGCUGCCCAUGUUACCGUGCCUCCUCUCCGCCUGGACCCCAGUACUCCCAAUUUCCUAAUGAGCCUGCUAGGAAAUGACACUCUGAAUGUAGUGGGGUCCGAUCACCGUCCAUUCACCAUCAAACAGAGAGCAAUGGGCAAGGAUGACUUCACAAAGAUCCCCCACGGGCUCCCUGGUAUUCAGGACCGCAUGAGCGUCAUCUGGGAGAAAGGAGUGAUUGGAGGUAAAAUUGAUGAGAAUCGCUUUGUAGCAGUCACAAGCUCAAAUGCAGCCAAGAUCUACAACCUCUACCCGAGGAAAGGCAGGAUCAUCCCAGGAGCAGAUGCUGAUGUGGUGGUCUGGGACCCCGAGGGAUCCAAGACCAUUUCUGUGGAAAACCAGGUCCAAGGAGGAGAUAUAAACCUGUAUGAAGGCCUUCGUUGUCACGGCGUACCCCUGGUCACCAUCAGCCGUGGGCGUCUGGUCUAUGAAAAUGGCAUGUUCACAUGUGCUGAAGGCUCUGGAAAGUUUUGCCCCCUGAGAACCUUCCCCGAUUAUCUUUACAAGAAGAUGGUUCAGAGGGAAAAGUGCCAGGCAGUGAAAGCUGUGGAGCGAGAACCAUACACAGGGGAAGUUGUUGCGGUGGUCAACUCAGGAAAGAGGGACUUUGGGGCUUCGGACCUGGACACUCCGACACGCCCCUGCACCAGGCACGGGGGCAUGAGGGACCUCCAUGAGUCUAGCUUCAGCCUGUCUGGUGCCCAGAUCGACGACAACAUUCCAAAGAGAUCCUCAGCCAGGAUCCUCGCUCCUCCUGGAGGGAGAUCCAGCGGGAUCUGGUAACCAAUCAGACGCCCAUUACGUGAAGCAGAUGAAUGAUAUCUGAGGGAAACAUAUGGCCAAGCAAGAUGACUUGUUUUUCUUUCUGGAAGCUUAGAAUAUGUGUGGGGUAAUGGAGUCAUGUUUUCAUUUUGAACUCAGCACAGUUAUUUAGGACUGUAAAACAUUAAACUGUAUGACAUUGCCGUAAUAAUACAGGAAUAUGGAUUUUGGAUGGAUUUUUAUUUUAUUAUAAUUUUUUAUAUUGCAUUAUUUGAGCUAUUUCCCUUUGAUGCUACUGCGUUACAAUUAUUUCCUGGAGAAGAAUGAGGUCUUUGUUCAGUAGUUCAUCAUUGUCAGAUUAGCAUUUCAGAUCAUGUUUACAGCCUUAUAGCAGAAUAGACUUCUGUUCCACUCCUACCAAAUGUGAAUGAACCUAUGCUGUGUGUACUGUGCAUGGUAGCAUAGUUAGAACAAAUGUAGUAAGCACUAACAUUGCAGAAAUCUUUGUGAUAGUAUUCAUCUUCCACAGAGGGCAAAAAGUCUCACCCAAACUGCCUUUUUCUCACCUGAGAACACUAACACCCUCAAACACAUCUUCCCAUACUGUCGCUACAGGUCAUGACCUCUGACAUGUUGACUGCUGUCAUUUCUUUUCCUUUUUUUCCUGAAUUGUUCUGCAUUUAAAAUGUUGACACUGACUGACACUUCCCAUGUAACACACCACUGUGAAACAUAGAGAAGGUGAGGUGAUCCUCCUGAGCAUGCAGGUUGAAGUUUAACAGCAGACAUGUUAGUCAGUAAAUGCUAUUUCUUAAGGGGAUCAGAUGCCCUCACAUGCCAGUGAAAGCUCAGCAUCAUAACUGGAAGGCAUGUUUCUUUAGCAACUACAGAAAAGCACUGAUACUUUGUCAAGUUCUCAACUACUGUAUUUUUAUUGUUUGUUUUUAGUUACGGGAUUUUUCUUGUGAAUAAUUGUCUUAGUAACUGAUUUUGUUGUAUUUUAUGUCAAAACUGCAGUGUAAGCAGGGAUGCACACAAGAUUUUAGCUCAUGUUUAGACCCAGUUAUGUUCAUGCUAGACAGUUCAAGUCCCACAACAUCGUUUUUUCCACUUUUGAUCUUUAGAAGUUCCAGCAAAUCUUGCUGUGUCUUUCCCGUUCAAAAUGUACACUGGUGCUGAACAAUGUGUUGUCACAUUGAAUUCCUUUUAUCUCUUUAUUUCUUCUUGCAGCUCUUUAUCACAUGAUUUGAGUGCAAAUAAACCACAAUGAAAUCCUCA